GGGAACUAGGGCAGAAGCUAUGGCGCACUUGGGAGGCGGUGCUGAGGCGCACGCCCGGUUCAAGCAGUACGAGUACCGCGCCAACUCCAGUCUGGUGCUGACGACCGACACACGGCCGCGCGACACUCACGAGCCCACAGGUGAGCCGGAGAGCCUCUGGGGUAGGAUAGAUCCUCGGCGGUUUGGGGAUAGAGUAGAUCACGGCAAGCCGCCGGAGCUCCUCGAGAAGAAGGCCAAGGCCAGCAAGCGCAAGGAGAAGGAGAAUCAGGACGAUGUGCUGCGGCGGCCCAGCAAGCGAUCAAAGGGGUCACAGGAGGAGAGUGUUUUGUCGCUGCAAGAAGAGGGAACUUAUCGCCCAAAGACGAAAGAGACGCGGGCGGCAUACGAGGCACUGCUCAGCACGAUCCAGCAGCAGUUUGGGGACCAGCCACAGGACGUGCUGCGUGGAGCGGCGGACGAAGUGCUAGUGGUGCUCAAGAAUGACAAGAUGAAAGACUCUGACAAGAAGAAGGAGCUGGAGAAGCUGCUCAACGAGCUUAGCCAGGAGCGAUUCAACCAGCUCGUGAAUAUCGGGAAGAUCAUUGUCGACUUCUACGAUGGUGGUGACGCUGGCGGUGCUGCCGGGGAGGCUCUGGAUGAUGAUAUCGGCGUGGCUGUGGAGUUCGAGGAGGAGGACGAGGAAGAGGAGAGCGAUGUUGACGAAGUCCAGGAGGAGAGUGAGAACGAGGAAGAUGGUCAGGAGACGAACGAGGCAUCAGCAAUGCAAAUGGGAGGCCUCGAUGACGAGGACAUGGAGGAGGCGGACGAAGGACUCAACGUCCAGGAUAUCGAUGCGUACUGGCUCCAGCGGAAGAUCACUCAGGCGUACGAGGAGAUUGAGCCUCAGCACAGCCAGAAGCUUGCCGAGGAGGUUCUGCAAACUCUUGGAGAGGGCGAUGAGAGGGACGUGGAGAACAGGCUCGUCAUGCUCCUGGACUAUGACAAGUUUGGGCUCAUUAAGUUGCUCCUCAAGAACAGGUGGAAGAUUGUCUGGUGCACUCGGCUGGCCCGAUCGCAGGACGAUAAAGAGAGGAAAAGGAUUGAAGAUGAGAUGACGGAGGGAGGUCCGGUUUUGUCGGGAAUUCUGGAGCAGCUCCACGCUACUCGAGCGACUGCGAAGGAGCGGCAAAAGAAUCUGGAGCGUAGUAUCCGUGAGGAAGCGAGGAAACUCCGUGAAGAAGGUGGUGACGGAGAAAAGGAUCGAAGGCCGGAGAGGGAGGUCGUCUUGGAAGGAGGAUGGCAAGGCCAGCGGCAAUUUCUCGACUUGAAAGACCUGGCGUUUGAGAAGGAGGGCCUGUUCAUGGCCAACAAAAAGUGCGAGCUUCCGGAGGGCACUUACAGGACGAUGAAGAAAGGAUACGAGGAAGUUCAUGUUCCUGCCAUGAAGGUGAAGCCAAUGGAGGAAGGUGAAGAGCUGGUGAAGAUAUCGGACUUGCCGUCUUGGGCUCAGCCUGCAUUCAAGGAGAUGAAGACGUUGAAUCGCAUCCAGAGCAGAGUUUAUGAGACGGCUCUCUUUACUCAGGAAAAUAUUCUCCUUUGCGCACCAACAGGCGCUGGCAAGACCAACGUUGCGUUGCUCACCAUUCUUCAAGAGCUUGGUUCGAAGCAGGAGUCGGAUGGUACUUUUGAUCUCAGUCACACAAAGAUCGUCUAUAUUGCUCCGAUGAAGGCUUUGGUCGCUGAGAUGGUUGGGAAUCUUCAGAAGAGACUGGCGGACUAUGGUGUUGUAGUGAAGGAGCUCACUGGAGAUCAGUCGCUUUCUCGGCAGCAAAUUGAAGAGACGCACAUCAUCGUAGCGACUCCGGAGAAGUGGGAUAUCAUCACCCGAAAAUCAGGCGACAGGGCUUACACUCAACUUGUCAAGCUGGUUAUCAUCGACGAAAUUCAUCUGCUGCACGAUGGCCGUGGUCCAGUUCUGGAGAGUAUUGUGGCUCGAACACUUCGCCAGGUUGAAACAACGCACGAUAUGAUCAGGCUGGUGGGCUUAUCCGCGACACUGCCGAAUUACGUGGACGUGUCCAUGUUCCUGAGGGUGGACAAGUCGAGGGGCCUGUUUCACUUCGACAACAGCUUCCGGCCGGUCCCUUUGAGUCAGCAGUACGUUGGGAUAUCCGUGAAGAAGCCGCUUCAAAGGUUCCAGCUCAUGAACGAGAUUUGCUACGAGAAGGUGUUGGCUGUUGCGGGAAAGAGCCAGAUUCUCAUCUUUGUGCACUCUCGGAAGGAGACGGCAAAGACAGCAAAAGCUAUACGGGACUCGGCGCUCACAAAUGAUACUCUAGGGAAAUUCUUGAAGGGAGACAGCGCUAGUAGUGAGAUCCUGCGGACCGAGGCGGAGAACGUGAAGAACACGGACUUGAAAGGCCUUCUGUCGUACGGUUUUGCCAUUCACCACGCUGGAAUGGCGAGAGCCGACAGAACUCUUGUGGAGGAACUUUUCGCAGAUGGGCAUAUCCAGGUGCUGGUUUCGACUGCGACUCUAGCUUGGGGAGUAAAUCUUCCGGCCCAUACCGUUAUCAUCAAAGGGACUCAGGUGUACAAUCCCGAGAAAGGUGCUUGGACGGAGCUAAGUCCCAUGGACGUGAUGCAAAUGCUUGGGCGUGCUGGACGGCCUCAGUUUGAUAGCACUGGCGAAGGCAUUAUCAUCACUGGCCAUAGCGAGCUCUCGUAUUAUCUUUCACUGAUGAACCAGCAGCUUCCAAUCGAAAGUCAGUUCAUCUCCAAGCUGCCGGACAACCUCAACGCCGAGAUUGUGCUUGGGACCGUGCAAAAUGCGAGGGAGGCUUGUGCGUGGCUUGGCUACACGUACUUGUAUAUCCGGAUGCUGCGGAACCCACUGCUUUAUGGCGUCAACCCAGAAGUACUCGAGACUGACGAAACAUUGGAGGAGAGGAGGGCGGACUUGAUUCAUACUGCGGCAACAAUUCUGGACAAGAACAAUCUGGUGAAAUAUGAUCGAAAGAGUGGCUAUUUCCAGGUGACGGACCUUGGCCGAAUUGCUAGCCAUUACUAUAUCAGCCACGGUACAAUGGCCACGUACAAUGAGCACCUAAAGCCAACGAUGGGAGAGAUCGAACUGUGCCGGUUGUUUUCACAAAGCGAAGAGUUCAAGAAUGUUGGGGUCAGGGAGGAAGAAAAACUUGAGCUCGCCAAGUUAUUGGACAGAGUUCCAGUACCUGUCAAGGAGAGUCUGGAGGAGCCGUCCGCCAAGAUCAACGUACUGCUUCAAGCCUACAUAUCGCAGCUGAAGCUUGAAGGCUUCUCUCUCUUCACAGAUAUGACGUUCAUAACACAGAGUGCCGGACGGUUGAUGCGCGCAUUGUUUGAGAUUGUUUUGAAGCGGGGCUGGGCUCAACUGGCUGAAAAGGCUCUCAACCUUUGCAAAAUGGUCCAGAGGAGAAUGUGGAGCACGCAGACACCGUUGCGGCAGUUCAAAGGCAUUCCAAUCGAUGUUCUCACCAAGAUUGAGAAGAAGGAUUAUGCGUGGGAGCGGUAUUAUGAUCUGACAUCGCAGGAGAUCGGAGAGCUUAUCCGCAUUCCGAAACUUGGAAAGAUGAUCCACAAGUUCGUUCAUCAGUUUCCAAAGCUGGAGCUGAGCGCACAUGUUCAACCCAUCACAAGGUCCGUGCUCAAGGUGGACCUGACCAUCACACCGGACUUUCAGUGGGACGAGAAGAUUCAUGGCUUUGUGGAGCCAUUUUGGGUCAUCGUGGAGGAUAAUGAUGGCGAGACCAUACUUCACCACGAGUAUUUCCUACUCAAGAUGCAGUACGUGGAGGAUGACCACAACCUGAGCUUCACAGUUCCGAUUUUUGAGCCGAUGCCGCCGCAGUAUUUUAUCCGUGUCAUCUCGGACAGGUGGCUGAAAGCGGAAACUGUGCUUCCGGUUUCUUUCAGGCACUUGAUUCUGCCCGAGAAGUAUCCACCUCCAACGGAGCUUCUGGACCUGCAGCCUCUUCCGGUCACAGCUUUGCGGGAGCCUUCUUUUGAAGCUCUCUACCAGCAGUUCAAGCACUUCAAUCCUAUUCAGACCCAGGUGUUCACGGUUCUCUACAACACAGAUGACAACGUUCUUGUUGCAGCGCCAACAGGAAGCGGAAAAACUAUCUGUGGAGAGUUUGCCGUGCUACGCAUGCUGCAAAAGAACGCGGACACAGGAGGUGGUAAAUGUGUCUACAUUGCUCCGAAAGAAGCUCUUGCGAAGGAGCGGUUUGAGGACUGGGAAAAGAAGUUCGCCGACUUGAAAGUUCAAGUGGUGCAGCUGACAGGGGAAACUGCUAUGGACUUGAAGCUUUUGGACAGAGGCCAGGUGAUUAUCAGCACACCAGAGAGGUGGGAUGUGUUGUCACGAAGGUGGAAGCAGCGGAAGCAGAUCGGACAGGUUAAUCUCUUCCUGGUAGAUGAGCUUCACUUGAUCGGUGGCGAAGGUGGUCCGGUUCUGGAAGUUAUUGUUUCUAGAAUGCGUUAUAUCUCGAAGCAAGCAGGAGACAAGAUCCGGAUAGUCGCACUGUCGGCGUCACUGGCUAAUGCCAAGGACCUGGGUGACUGGAUCGGAGCCAGCUCCCACGGACUUUUCAACUUCUCUCCGGCUGUGCGACCAGUUCCACUCGAGAUCCACAUUCAGGGAGUCGACAUCACGAACUUUGAAGCUCGGGUUCAAGCGAUGACGAAGCCAACUUUCACAGCCAUUCUCCAGCAUGCUAAGGGUGGAAAACCGGCCUUGGUUUUUGUUCCUACGAGGAAGCAUGCACGCUCUACUGCUUCCGACCUCGUUCUCUACGCGCUGGCCGGCGGGAACAGCUUCUUGCAGUGCACUGAGAAGGAUUUGGAGCCCCUCCUGGAGCGGAUAAGGGAUCCCGAGCUCAAGGAGACUCUGCAAGGUGGUGUCGGAUAUCUCCACGAAGGCUUGUCUCCAACCGAGCAAGAGAUAGUUGGGGAACUCUUCAGUGCCGGAGCCAUUCAGGUGUGCGUUGCAAGCAGCUCUAUGUGCUGGGGGAUGACACUUACUGCGCACCUCUUGGUGGUCAUGGGGACGCAGUACUACGACGGCAGAGAGAACGCUCACACAGACUAUCCUAUUACGGAUCUUCUGCAGAUGAUGGGGCGUGCAAGCAGGCCUCUGGUGGACAGCUCUGGCAAGUGUGUCAUCUUAUGCCAUGCUCCUCGUAAGGAGUAUUACAAGAAGUUCCUGUACGAGCCUUUCCCCGUGGAGAGCCACUUGGAUCACUACAUCCACGACCAUCUCAACGCAGAGAUAGUGGUGCAUACCAUCGAGAACAAGCAGGAUGCAGUGGACUACUUGACAUGGACGCUCAUGUACCGGAGGCUGACUCAGAAUCCAAACUACUACAACCUUCAGGGCGUGAGCCAUCGGCACCUUUCGGAUCAUCUCUCCGAGCUGGUAGAGUCGACUCUCAACGAUCUGGAGUCCAGCAAGUGUAUCGCAGUGGAGGACGAUAUGGAGCUCUCGCCACUCAACUUGGGAAUGAUCGCGUCCUACUACUACAUACGAUACACUACCAUUGAGCUCUUCAGCAACUCUCUGACUGCAAAGACGAAGAUGAAAGGCUUGCUGGAGAUCCUGGCUUCUGCGUCCGAGUACGCUACUCUUCCCGUGAGACCUGGCGAGGAGGAUAUCGUCCGAAAGCUUGUCAACCACCAGCGCUUCUCGGUUGACAAGCCGAAGUACUCGGAUCCACACCUCAAGGCCAACGCGCUGUUGCAAGCUCACUUCUCCAGGCAUCCCGUCCCGGGUAAUCUGGCUAUGGACCAGCGUGAGGUGCUGCUCCAGGCAAUCAAGCUUCUCCAGGCCAUGGUCGACGUGAUAGCCAGCAACGCUUGGCUCAACCCGGCGCUUGCAGCCAUGGAGAUAAGUCAGAUGGUAACGCAGGGACUGUGGGAGCGAGACUCGGUGCUCCUGCAGCUCCCGCACUUCACCAAGGAUCUAGCGAAGAAGUGCAAGGAGAGGAACGUGGAGACGGUGUUUGAUCUGCUCGAGAUGGAAGACGGGGAAAGGCGGGAGCUGCUGGGAAUGGACGACUCGCAGCUGCUAGCAAUCGCUCGGACGUGCAACCGGUUUCCAAACAUCGAUAUGGCUUUCGAGGUGCUGGACGAGGCAGAGGCGACCGUGGGAGAGCCAGUUGCUGUUCAGGUGACGCUGGAGAGGGAAGUGGAAGGAAACGAGGAGGUUGGAAUCGUGGAGGCUCCCAGGCUUGCAAAGACGAGGGAAGAGGGGUGGUGGCUAGUUCUCGGCGACACUGCGAACAAUGUGCUGCUGGCGAUCAAGAGGGUGACACUGCAGCGGAGGAACAAGUGCAAGCUGGAGUUCACUCCGCAGGAGGCGGGUGUCAAGAACUAUAAGCUCUACUUCAUGUGUGACGCAUACCUCGGUUGCGAUCAGGAGUACGACGUGACCAUCGAUGUCAAGGAAGCUGCCGGCGGUGGUGAAGCGGGAGAAGUUCGUGCAAUGGAAGAGUAGGCGGCGGUGAAGCGGGUUGUGCAAUGGAGGAGUAAGACUUCCUCGUCUCAUCGAAUGCUUGUUCUUGCAGAAGUGAAGGACAACUAAACUAGUCGUGUGUAUCAUGUUUUCUUCGGAUCCAAGUACUCUAAAACAGGAUUCUACCACCGACGUGCAAGGUUUAUUUGAGGCCUGUGCUGCAUUUCGUUUGUGACAGUAGCCCCGGGACGCCUGGUCGUGCACAGCUUCGCAUUUCCCCGCCAUGCCCAGGCUAUACUUGUUGCUGCAGGAAGAAGAGAUGGAAUAAUAUUGACAGACUGACCAAGAUUGACUACC